ACAUUGAAUGAAGUCGCAUCUGACGGGUGAGAUGAGUAGUGCGUAGCUCUAGCUUCCACUCCGAUGGUGGUGGUGGCUUCAUUUGACAAUGUCGACUUCUUCUUCUUUCCCUAGCUUCCCUCGCACCAUCGUCUCCUACACUGUCACAACUUCACUCUUCAUCGUUAUCUUCCUAUGCAGCGUCUUCCUCUUCACUCGACGCACUCUCGAACCUUCUCUCCAACCUUACCAAGCCGCCGACAUCUCUCUCUCCGCCGCCGAUCCACCUCCUCCUACGCCCAUACUCCCUCAAAUCGAGCCUCACGAACACGAUGCUACCGAUGUUGACGUCACCGUGGAAACAAAUCCAAAGGAGGAAGACGAUUCACGCCGCGGCGAUGACGUCGCGGUAGAGACUGAGCUGAAACUUAAAGAUGUGGACGAUUCGCACACGGCGAAAACUGAGCCGGAAGAAGAAGUAGGAGGAGGAGAAUCUGUGGACCAGGCGGUGGUUGAGAAGAUGAAAGGCUGUGAUUUGUACAGGGGAUCAUGGGUUAAGGACGAUGAUGAGUAUCCAUUGUAUCAGCCUGGAUCGUGUCCUUAUGUUGACGAAGCUUUUGAUUGUCAGAAGAAUGGGAGGCGUGAUUCUGACUAUCUCAAUUGGAAAUGGAAGCCGGACGGUUGUGAUCUCCCACGGUUUAAUGCUACAGACUUCUUGGUGAAGCUACGAGGUAAAAGUCUGUUGUUGGUUGGAGAUUCUAUGAACCGUAACCAGUUUGAAUCAAUGAUUUGCGUUCUUCGAGAAGGUUUAUCCGAUAAGAGUAGAAUGUACGAGGUUUAUGGCCAUAAUAUAACAAAGGGGAGAGGCUACUUUGUAUUCAAGUUUGAAGAUUUCAACUGCACAGUAGCGUUUGUGAGGUCACAUUUUCUUGUAAGGGAAGGAGUUAGAGCAAAUGCUCAAGGAAACACUAAUCCGACCCUUUCGAUUGAUCGCAUUGACAAGUCACAUGCUAAAUGGAAGCGAGCUGACAUUCUUGUCUUUAACACUGGACAUUGGUGGGUUCAUGGAAAGACCGCCAGAGGGAAAAACUACUACAAAGAAGGUGAUUACAUCUACCCGAAAUUUGAUGCGACUGAAGCAUACAGAAGAUCGUUGAAGACUUGGGCAAAAUGGAUUGACCAGAAUGUGAAUCCCAAAAAGCAGCUUGUAUUUUACCGCGGAUACUCCUCUGCCCAUUUUAGGGGAGGUGAGUGGGACUCGGGAGGGUCGUGCAAUGGGGAGGUGGAACCGGUUAAGAAAGGUUCAAUCCUGGAUUCCUAUCCUUUGAAAAUGAAAAUAGUCGAGGAAGCCAUAAAGGAGAUGCAGAUUCCUGUGAUUCUCCUAAACGUGACAAAGCUGACUAAUUUCCGCAAAGACGGACAUCCAUCAAUCUAUGGUAAGACCAACACAGAAGGUAAAAAAGUGUCAACAAAGCGACAGGAUUGCAGCCACUGGUGUCUGCCAGGAGUUCCUGAUGUUUGGAACCAUCUUAUAUACGCGUCUUUGCUCCUUCAACCACAUUCCUAAUAGUUCAUACAUCAAAAAAAUUAGAUAGGAAAAGAUGAGGAGAGAAACAAAUGACCAAUUCAGUUGUCAUUGUUGUUAGCGGUGACAUCAAAAUUUUGUGUAUUUUAUCACUCUUGGAGGGAGUAGUUUUUUUUUUCUUUAUGUAGAGAUGU